ACGAGCACCAUCUGUUUGACAGGCAGGCUGAAUCACACAGCGGAGGGAAGCAGUGUGUGCGUGUGUGUGUGUGUGUGUGUGUGUGCGAGGCCCGUUAGGAUGUGGCGUUGGCGGCGUGCGGCAGCACGGCUCGACAGCCUGUCGUCAACGGAGACCGGCGUGACACUGUGACCGUGGAAACAGGAUGUACGAGAGAUGUCUGAGUAUAAAAGUGACAGCUACAUUGUGCGCGUCAAAGCGGUGGUGAUGACCAGAGACGAUUCGAGCGGCGGCUGGUUGGCGCAGGACGGCUGCCUGAGCCGAGUGGGCGUGUGCAGGCUGCUGCCGAGCGAACUGCUGGGACGCAACACCUUCCUCAUCCACGGAGAACGCCUCAAAGACAAGCAGGUGAUCCUGGAGUGCUUCUUGAAGAAGGAUCUGGUCUACACGAAGGCCACGCCCACGUUCCACCACUGGAGAGUGGACAACAGGAAGUGCGGUCUGACCUUCCAGAGCCCGGCCGACGCCAGAGCCUUCGACCGCGGGGUGAGGAAGGCCUUGGAGGACCUGACCGAAGGCUCGACCACGUCCUCAUCGACGCUGCAGAAUGAGGCGGAGCUCGGCGACGACGACGUCUUCACGACGGCCACCGACAGCUCGUCCAACUCGUCCCAGAAGAGAGAGAAGCCACACGGCUUCUGCGAGGCCCGUCGGCACCACUGCAUCCUGGGACAUUUCUACGAGCACCACCGGCCCUCCGAUCACUACUUCCUGGACCAGGCGGUGCACAUGUUCCCUCGCCACGUCAGCUUCCAGGUGGAGGACGAGGAGAUCGUGCGCAUCAACCCCCGCGAGCGCAGCUGCUGGCUCACCGGCUACGAGGACUACCGGCACGCCAACUCCGCGCGCGACAAACUGGGCCCCUGGCCCGACGACGACCUCCGCGCCUACGUACACUUCGCCAAGAGCGAGCCGCCCAAGCGCGACUACGCCUACCCGUACCCGCUGAGCUGCGACGGCAAACCGGGUCGCCUGGAGCCGUGCGGCGGCGGUGGCGGUGGCGGCGGCCGCAGGGCGGCGGUGACGGUGCAGCCGCGAGCCGCGCAGCCCAAGGGCAAGAGGCGGAAGGAGGACGGCGAGCGCUCGCGCUGCGUUUACUGCCAGGACAUGUUCAACCACGAGGACAACGGGCGGGGCCGCUGCCAGGAGGCCCCCGACCCCAUCCGGACCUGCAUCCGGCGGGUCAGCUUCAUGUGGUGCGCCGACAGCCUGCUGUACCACUGCAUGUCGGACACGGAGGGCGAUUACUCGGACCCGUGCUCCUGCGACACCGGCGACGAGCGCUUCUGCCUGCGCUGGACGGCGCUGGUGGGGCUGUCGCUGCUGGCGCCGUGCAUGUGCUGCUACGCCCCCCUCAGGGCGUGCUACCGCUGCGGCGUGGCCUGCCGGUGCUGCGGCGGCAAGCACAAAGCGGUGGGCUGAGGCCUCGCUGUCGAUGUCGACCGUUUUUGGUCUCCGAUUGUCAGAACUUUGUCUCGACAGAGGGAGGAAGACACGUUGCCCGUGGGUUUUAUUUUAUAUAUUUUGUGACAUUGGAGACCCAAUGGCUUCCAAUUCUCACAAAGA